GGAAAAAAAACUCUGGAGAAAUGAGGGAAAUUCUGCAUCUUCAAGCUGGCCAGUGUGGCAAUCAGAUUGGUGUGAAGUUCUGGGAGGUGAUUUCGGAUGAGCACGGGAUUCUGGCGGACGGGAAGUUCGCGGGCGACACGGAUCUGCAGCAGGAGCGGCUGAAUGUGUACUACAACGAGUCCACGAGUGGGAAUUACGUGCCGCGCGCCGUGAUGGUGGACUUGGAGCCCGGCACGAUGGACUCCGUGCGCAGCUGCGCCUUCGGCGGCCUCUUCCGGCCGGACAACUUCAUCUUCGGGCAGUCCGGCGCGGGCAACAACUGGGCCAAGGGCCACUACACCGAGGGCGCCGAGCUGGCGGACUCGGUGCUGGACGUGGUGCGUCGCGAGGCGGAGGCGUGCGACUGCCUGCAGGGCUUCCAGCUGACGCACUCCCUGGGCGGCGGCACGGGCUCUGGCAUGGGCACGCUGCUCAUCUCGAAGAUCCGCGAGGAGUAUCCGGACAGGAUCAUGAACACCUUCUCCGUGGUGCCGUCGCCGAAGGUCUCUGACACCGUCGUGGAGCCGUACAACACCACGCUGAGCAUCCAUCAGCUGGUGGAGAACACCGACGAGACAUUCUGCAUGGACAACGAGGCGCUGUACGACAUCUGCUUCCGCACGCUGAAGCUGCAGACGCCGACGUACAGCGAUCUCAAUCAUCUGGUCUCGAUGACGAUGUCCGGCAUCACGACGUGCCUGCGAUUUCCCGGCCAGCUGAAUGCCGAUCUGCGGAAGUUGGCCGUGAAUAUGGUGCCCUUUCCGCGCCUGCACUUCUUCGUGCCGGGAUUUGCGCCGCUGACAGCGCGUGGAGAUCAGCAAUUCCGCGCCAUCACGAUUCCUGAGCUCACGCAGCAGAUGUUCGACGCCAAGAACAUGAUGACGGCGUGUGAUCCGCGCCACGGACGCUAUCUCACCGUGGCGGCGAUCUUCCGUGGGCGGAUGAGCAUGAAGGAAGUGGACGAGCAGAUGCUGAACAUCCAGAACAAGAACAGCAGCUACUUCGUGGAGUGGAUCCCCAACAACUGCAAGACGGCGGUGUGUGACAUUCCGCCGCGUGGCCUGAAGCUGUGCGCCACGUUCAUCGGCAACACCACGGCCAUCCAGGAGAUCUUCCGGCGCGUGUCCGAGCAGUUCACGUCCAUGUUCAGGCGCAAGGCCUUCCUGCACUGGUACAUGGGCGAGGGAAUGGACGAGAUGGAGUUCUCCGAGGCGGAGAACAACAUGAAUGAUCUCAUCAGCGAGUAUCAGCAGUACCAGGAAGCGGGAAUGCAGGAUCAGGACUUCGAGGGCGGCGAGGAGGAGGAAGAGGAGGAGACUUUCGUUAAAACCGAAAAUUAAUCAUUGACACAUCAUCCUGACCUACAAAUUCUUCGUUCUGUCGCAUUUCAUAUGCAAAUAAAUCUCACACUUUUGCUUUCAACUCACCAAAGGGGGAAAUAUCAUGGUCAAUUCAGUGGAGAUUUGAGGAAGAGUUGAAAUAUAUUGGUAAUUUUUUUUCUACUCUGAAAA